AUGAGUGCCGAAUCCGCCGAAUACGUGCCCGCCCCCGGCCAAUGGCCCGUCGACCCGCAGGACGACGUGCCCAUAGCUGAAGACCGCAUUUGGAUCGAUGGCUGCUUCGACUUUGCCCACCACGGCCAUGCCGGCGCCAUCUUGCAGGCCCGCCAGCUGGGCUCCGACCUGCUCGUCGGCGUCCACUCGGACGAAGCUAUCCUCGAGAAUAAGGGGCCGACGGUAAUGACGCUGAAAGAACGCGUUGCUGCCGUUGAUGCCUGCCGCUGGGCCACCAAAUCGAUCCCCCACGCCCCGUACGUGACCUCGCUGCCCUGGAUUUCCCAUUACGGCUGCAAAUAUGUCGUUCACGGCGACGACAUCACGUCGGACGCCUCGGGUGAAGACUGCUAUCGAUUCGUCAAGGCUGCUGGUCGUUUCAAGAUCGUGAAGCGCACACCCGGUAUCUCAACGACCGAUCUGGUUGGGCGCAUGCUUCUGUGCACCAAGGGACACUUCAUCAAGAAUCUGGAGAAUGUCCUGACGGGCGAAGAGGGCAGCGGCAGCGAGGAGGAGAGAAAGAGAACCGGUGCAGAGUUGAAGGAAAGAAUCAAGGUCUACGCCUCAGACGAGACUGGUCUGGCGCCAGGCAGUGAAGUCUGGGUGUGGCAUGGUGAGCAAGACAAAGCCGCGGAGCCGAGUGCGGCGGGUGGAACUGGGAAAUGCUCCAAGAUGGUCCCGGGAACUGCCCCUCGCAAGGGCCAGCGCGUGGUCUACGUUGAUGGCGGCUUUGACCUGUUCUCUUCCGGUCAUAUCGAGUUUCUGCGACAGGUGGCCAUGCUUGAGGAAGAGGAAGGCAAGAAGCGCGACUGGUAUUCCGCCGAGGCCGUUCAGCAGCGCAUUGCCGAGACCGGGUCCGACUACAGCCCGUACUAUGUGGUCGCUGGUAUCCAUGAUGAUGAGGUCAUCAACCACUGGAAGGGCAUCAACUACCCGAUCAUGAACGUAUUCGAGCGCGGCUUAUGCGUCCUGCAAUGCAAGUACAUCAACGCUGUGGUCUUCUCUGCUCCAUUCACGCCCACCCCGGCGUUCCUGAAUUCGCUUCCAUAUGGAACGCCCAAUGUCGUUUACCAUGGCCCUACCUCGUUCAUGUCGUCUGUUGAAGACCCCUACAAGGACGCCAAGGAGCUCGGAAUAUUCCAAGAGGUGCCUGCGCAUGACUUCCAGCACGUCAACGCUGGUGAAAUCGUUGAACGCAUCAUGGCGAGCAGAGCCAUGUACGAAGAACGGCAGCGGAAGAAGGGCGUCAAAGGAGCUGGGGAGGAUGCAAUCAAGCGCAGAGAGGAACUGGAAAGAGAGGCGAGGGCGGUGGAAGCCGAACGUGAAGCCGAACGUGAAAGACGGUCGUAA